AUGCGCGUGCUAGUGGGAGGUGGGACCGGCUUUGUGGGCGGAGCCUUGACCCAGCUGUUGAGGAGUCAAGGGCACGAGGUGACCCAUGUCUCUCGCCAUCCAGGGCCUGACCGGAUCAGCUGGGAUGAACUGUCCCGCUCCGGCCUGCCCCCUUGUGAUGCUGUGGUGAACUUGGCUGGUGAGAAUGUUCUCAACCCUCUUCGCAGGUGGGAUGAUGCCUUCCGCAGAGUUGUGGUUGCCAGCCGGGUGGAGACCACCAAGACCUUGGCCAAGGCCAUCGCUGAGGCCGAAAGACCGCCCCGCGCCUGGGUCCUCGUCACCGGCGUAGGGUAUUACCGCCCAAGCCCCACGGCCGAGUACACCGAGGAGAGUCCCGGCGGUGACUUCGACUUCUUCUCACGCCUGGUGAGCGCCUGGGAGGCAGCAGCUAAAAUCCCCGGGGACAGCACGCGCCAGGCGGUGGUGAGAUCCGGUGUGGUGCUGGGGAAGGGUGGAGGUGCCAUCUCGCAGAUGCUCUGGCCGUUCUGGCUGGGCCUGGGGGGCCCCGUGGGCUCUGGCCUCCAGCCCUUCCCAUGGAUCCACAUCCGGGACAUGGCCGGUGUCGUGUGCCACGCCCUGGAGACAGAGGGUGUGCGUGGGGUUCUCAACGGGGUCUCCCCGGCCUCGUCUGGCACCUCCAACGCCGACUUCGCCCGGGAGCUGGGCUCGGCCCUGGGGCGCCCGGCCCUGCUGCCCCUGCCCGGCUGGGCAGUGCGGGGUGUCUUUGGGGCUGAGCGGGCCGUCAUGCUGCUGGAGGGCCAGCGAGUGGCGCCGAAACGCACCCUGGAGAGUGGCUACUGCUUCGUGUACCCCGACCUGCCCUCUGCCCUGCAGAAUAUCGUGUCCUGA